UCCCUUCUGUGUUUACCCAUCCAUUCCCAUAAUCAUUAGCUAAGUCUGAGGAAUACCAAGGGAAACAACUGAACAUACUGGUCCAGUUGUUGUUUUUUUAAAAAAAAAAAAAGUCUGGUGUUUACUGAUGUCUUGAGCAUAGUGCAACACUAUAUAAAUGAACCCCGAUUUAAGCCUGUGUUUCUCUGUACAUAUUGUGCAUGAGUAUUAAAGAUAGUAAUUACUGCAACAGAUACCAAAACAGUUUUUUUUUCGUAUCAUUAUUAAUCCUCUUGCUAAGAUAUUUCAUGCCUGCGCUUACCCGUGCUCCAUUUUGUAUUGGGGGUAAAAUGGCUGCCAGACAGAACAAACCAUGUGACUGCAGCUGUGCUUUGUGCUGGAGAGGCCGAAUAACCUGUAAUUGUGAAAAGCCUUCAUUAGUACAUGAAUGUUUAUGUAAUGGUUAUACAGACUGUUCGGGAAUAAGUGGCAAGGAUUAUAAUUGUCUACAGAAGAUGAUUAAAUGGUCUGGUCCUCUAAGAUUGCCGGUCCAAGGCUAUAAAAGGAAAAUGGGCUUGAAUCAUUUGAAUUGAUGGCUCUUCUGUUAUCAUUGCAAUAAGUGCAAGAAUGUUGGCCUUGAUCAAGUGGUCUUCAAGUUAGACAUCAUGUUUGCUGUGUUUUUGUUACCUCUAUUUCUGCUCCUAAAUUGUACUGGUCUCUCAUCAACUGCUGUCUACUAAGAUGGUACUAUUGUGUGCAUGUCUGUGCGUGGGUGGAAAUGAGAGCAUCACAUCUUUUAUGGAAAGUAACCCUAGUGCUUUAAUACUCCUUCCUGACAUAUCUUCAUAUAGAGUAAGCUAAAGCCUUUAUGUGCUUUAACAUAUGGAUCAUUUUCAAAAAUUAAUGGACAUAAAGGAAUCUUCAUUUUCUGGUUUAACUCUUGGUUGAAUAACAAAUAAGGCUUUACCAACUGAAAAACGUUAGGUGGUGCAACCAAAUAUUUAUACUUUACUAUUAUUUUAUUCCAAAUGAAAGCCUUCAUAAAUGAACCAUUUAAGUUUCUGUAAUGCAUCAGACAUUGUUAAUUGCUAUUUGUUAUUUGAAUUUAUGAUUAGUAGUAAUAUUAAUUGUGGUUGUACCAUCUGCAUUUUAAGUCAUUUCAAAUGAAACAGACGUAUGUUUGAACACCUGCACAAACGUUUGUUCUUGAUAUCUAGUGUAUACAUACAACUUUAAAAACCGAUAGUUUUGUCAUAUUGCAGAAUUUUAAUGUUUUUUUUUUCCAUUGGUUGUACCACCUGACAUAAACCGUGCAAGAAUAACAGUUGAAAAUGGACUUUUUUCUUAGUAUUUGAGUUAGAUCUAGCUUUCACUGUCCACGGGUUAUUUGCAUAACCAAUUGACAAAGAAAGUGUUUCAAGUCCCACACCAAAGUACUGAAGUACCCCAACUGGUUUGGUACUUUUGGUACAGGAACUUUUAGUACUGGUACUCAACUGGAAGUCAAUGGAAAAAGGGAAAGUGCCAAAAGUACGGUACUUGGUGUUGUGGAAAUGCGCCCUUUGAGAGUGAAGGAAACUAAUUAAGGAAUUAAUUCAGUUUUAAGUAUUAACUGUAAUUCAUGUCUUUGUACGUUACUCCCAUUUUGAAAUAUUGCUUAGAAGCUUUUUAGAAUAAAAGAAAAAUUAAUUGUGUGGUUAUCAUGCUGCAGACACACUGGAUAUACUAGGGGGGCAUUUUGCAUAUUUAUUCCCAAAUUGCCAUUUUUUUAUUUUUGCAAACUCUUUCAGAUGUAGAGUUGAGAGUCUGUGGGAUUUUCUGGAUUUCUCUGUGAAUGCCUCCUAAAAUGUGAUCUGAUGUUCAGGGAACGUCUUCUCCAUUAAUUUGAGUGAUUCAUGCAGUUUCACUGUUGACAUACAGUUGGCAUGAAUUGUGAAGUCGAGGUUACAGAGAAGGCAGUGCACUCCUGGUCCAGGUUCACCUCGGCUGGAAAGACUGCACUUUUGGAAGCCUUGAGGGUUUUUAGUCCCAUGUCAAAGGAUCUUCUGGACACUGAGAUACAGCUGGUAUCCUUUCUUCAGGGCCUCAAAGAAGAAGGUCACAAGCCCACUGUGCUGAAGAGCAAGGAUGUCUACGGCUACAAUUCCUGCACAGCAGAACCUCUUCCGCAAGCAAAGUUAUCAAAAAUACAGGAACCUUUUAACAAGGUUCCUAAGUUACAGAAAUCUGGUAAGCGACGCAGAAGGAAACCUGGUACCAAGAAGAAAGAAAUUAAUUAUACGCUCUUGAGUGCAGCAGCUAAACUCAUUUUGAAGAAUCAACCUAAAAUUCUAUUGACAAACCUCUCAAGAGAGACUUUAAAACGGACAGUCCAUUCCAAGCCACCAGUUAUAAACAUCAGGCCUGUCCAGAUGCCAUGUCUUAAACUGACUAAUAUCAAAGGGCCCUCUAGGGGCCAUACAGCAAAGCUGCAGAUUCAUACAGGAUUAGGGUCUCGAUCAGUUGCUUUGUCCAACUCCCACAGGUUACCUGGACUGUCAGAGAUACCUGUGCAACCACUGGAACAUUCAGCAAAAACUGCUAAAGUAGUAGCUUUGGAGAAAAGAAUGGUUUCCUGCCCAAUAAAGUUGGGGGUGAUGCUGAAACGAGAGACUGUUCCAGCGGUACAUGAGAACGGUAGGGUCUUGAAGGAAAGCAACAACUACAAACCAGUGCCCAUAAAACGUCGCAGAUCCAUUGUGGCUAACAAAAAGCUGGGCUUGAGGGAUAAGGGUGCAGCUCGGGUGCGGAAGCGAAAAAGGCAUGAGGAAGCCGAGGACAAGAUGCUGAGGAAGACGGGCAAAAACGGAGUCUGGGUUGUGAAAGGUCAAGAGGAUUCCGGGCUUCUUAGGUUUAAGGUGAUCAAGGUGGAUGAUUCCAUCACAGAUGAAGAGGUACGAAGAAAAGCCCAGAAGAUUUUGCAAGUUAAUUUGUCGCCCGUUAUUGAAAUUCAACCGCUCAUCACUUACCCUGUGUAAAUCAUAGUCAUGCUACAAAAGCUCUGCAUGAUCCCUGCAACUAGCUUUUAUUUUUACUUUUCUACCAAUGCCUUGUUGAGCCUGAACUCAACGUCGAAGCAUUUUUAUAAUGGGAAAAAAGACAUUUAGGGUAGGAUUUACCCUUCAUCCAGCAAGGACGAUGUGUGUGAUGUCUGUGUUUCACCUUUCCUGCAUUGAAGGGACAGUGCACAGUGUAGGAGCGCAGUUGCUACAUAGUGGAACAAUAAUUACCAUCGUUCAUGUGUCUUUUUCUUUCGAAAAGGGUGCAGGUUUAAAUUGUGACGGUUUUAUAUGAUACGGUGCACUGUGAAAUGACAUUUCAUCUGUUUUGUUAAGAUAAAGGAAGCCAUGUUGUCAUAUUACUAUGCAGUAUCUAUAAAGCUGUUUUUUCAAAUGGCGACACAGAUUAGCGUGCUCUAUUGUAGGCUUUUAUUUUGGUAUUCGGCCAUACCCUAGUAUUCCAUAAUUUUUGGGAAGAUUUCUUUGUUCACCUGAACAUGUUUUAUUUUCAUUUAAAAUCAUUCACUUUAAGGGCAUCUAGUGGCUUUUUCCAACUCCUCUGGGGAAGUUGGGAUUCUGUUUUUGGUUUUGGUUGAGACUUAAAUAAUGCAUCAGAAUGCGCUCUUCAGACUGUUUGGAAAUGUGUGCGCUGAAUUUCAUCACUUUGUAUUGCAAUCAUUUUAAUUCAGGGCACGAUUAAAUGGCCGUGUUUUGUAUAAAACAUCGCAUCCAUGAGUAGAUGUUUAUAUUGCGGCCCGGUUAGAUAGAGCACAUUUCAUUUCAACUUUCCUCAUGCAAGGUAAAACAAAUUUCCAUUUGGAAAUCCCUGACAUGGUAACUGAUCAGUGGGCUGCUCCUGGACUGAAUAUUUUCUCACCUUACAAAAUACUCUAGCUUCCGUAAUUGCUCCAUUUUAUUUAAAAAACAUUCAGUCUAAUUAUUUACAAAUGUAUUUCAUACUUGGUAUUACUUUUACAUCUCUAGAGUACAGCUAUUUAAACAAAUGUUGGGUUUUCAUAAUUGCCAUUGACGUUCAGUAUGUGCUGCUUUGCCUUUAAUGUAACUUAGGUUUGAAAAUAAAGGUCUCCAUUACCCUGUACUGGGUAGGCAUCCGGAAGAUGAAUGGAUGUGUGAAAUAAAAGCAAAACAAACCCUUCUAAUGAACAGUUGGUAUUGACAGUUGUUCUUGUGCCAAACAGGUCCAUUUGGUGCCUUUCUGUUGCUUAGAUUUUCUCCAGUAUUUCAAAAUGAUCUGUAGAAUAACUUGGAUUGAGUUCUACCUUAAAUUGCUUCCAGUGUUUUACUUUUUUUUUAUCUAGUUCCUCAAAGGCUUCUUUGCAUAUUGACUUAGCUUUUCGGUUCCUGAAAUACUUCCUUCUUAUACAGAGUAUGGUCUUUUCCCAUGCUUGCUUCAGGGUUUUGACUUGACACUGGACAAAGGCAACAAUACCAAAACAAAUGAUAGAUGUGGGUUUGAAUGGAGGUUGUGUUCUGUAGAACCGGAAGAUGCACUUUCUGUAUAGACACGGUAACUUCCCCCUGUGACAUUUUCCAAUUUCUGUAUGUGUAACUUGAAUUUAAAUGUUUGAGACUGGCAAUUUUCAUACAUGAUUGUUUUUUGUAAAAAAUUACAUCAUUUUCCCCAGCCAGAGUGGUCUUGUGAACAAUGCUAAUUAAAUAAUUAAAUUCUGUGCAGUCAACAUUGUAUAUUUGGUAUAACUGUUCAGAAAUUGUGAAAUAAAAAUUGCUUUAAAAAAACCGCUCAUUCUCAUGCCCUAAUGCAAAGACCAUGAUACUGGUUUUGGAAGCUCCUGAGCUUGUUACCCGAAUCCCACACCACUUACAACUUGUU